UGAAACAUGGCGUUGUACAGGACUAAGAUGUGCCGGUGUAUCCUGGAGGGAGGUAGCCGACGCUUCAAGCCAUGUGUUAUACUGCUGUAUCAACCUUGCCAUUUAUCUACAAGUACGAAACCAAAAAACAUGUUCUCCUUGAUUGCUUCAAAAGCCAAGUAUGCCAAUGAAAAAUACGAGCAGUUUUUGGAAAGAAAGUUUCCAAACUUUUUUUUAUUGUAUUCAACCUUUAUGAAAGGAUUUCGAAUGUUGUUGUCCGAGGCAAAGGAGGUAGGACUUAUCAAGAGAAAAAUGAAGUACCAAGGACUACAAUUUCACCAGCUGCCUUACAGGGAAAUGGAGAAACUAAGACAGUUUCGAAGAGAUAUUAUAAAAGCUGCACCUGUGGUUAUCAUUUCCAUUCCUCCUUUUGCUAACUACCUUGUGUUCCUCCUGAUGUAUCUCUUUCCCCGGCAGCUGUUAAUACGGCAUUUUUGGACCUCGAAACAGCAGGAAGAAUUUUUGGACAUUUACCAUGGCAUGAGGACAGAGGUCUAUGCAGACAUAUUAGACAACUUGUCAAAAGCAGUUCCCAGAGUACCUGAACAGUUGCUUAGGGAAAAGAUGUUCCAGCUGUGUACACAGGUGCGGUGUGGAUCCCAUCCAAAGGUUGCGGACAUUCAGGCUGUAAGCUCAGUAUUCUCAGGUCCUCCUUUAGGACUCAAGCGACUUGAUGUCCAGCAAAUGAAAUUCUUUAGUCAAAUUAUGUUCCUCACACCGCACCUUCCAGCUUUCCUUCUCCAGCGUCGGCUUGGUAGCCAUAUCUGUGAGCUGCACAACUUGGACAUUGCCCUGCUGAAGCUGGGUGUCAAUGAGCUCUCUGAGGAGGAGGUGAAAAGGGCAUGUUACAUCAGAGGACUGAAUUCUUCUCAUCUUAGUAUAGACGAUUGCAGAAGGUGGUUGCAAUGCUGGGUUGAAUUAUCCUGCAAAUUAAAAGUUUCAGAGGCAUCCCUGUUGUUGCACAGUAUGGUUCUACUCUCUACUAACUACAUCCAGUCUGUGAAGAGAUGAUUGCAGACCACUCGUUGACAUGGUUAACUGCUUUUAUUCCUGCAGAGAUUAGCCUCCGGCAUUAGAAAACAGCAUUUUUGGAUUUUGGAGUCUCCGCCUGUUCAUAUUGUUAUAAUGCUCAUCAGGUCUUUUGCUUGAUUGAAGCCGUUCCGGUUUAAAAGACCCCUUAGGGCUCUUAUAAGAUAUAAGGUCACUAAAUUAACGGGGUUUUUUUAGUUUGUUUUUUUACUUUAAACAAACAAUGGUACUGGGACCAAAUAAAGUCAUUAAACCAAUAUGCAGUUUAGUAAAUACUCACUGGAUACAGCAAGUCAUGUAAUAACCACUGUUUCUCCCAUUCUUCGGUUUUUGUUUUUGUUUGGCCAAACUUCUCAAGAUGUAACAUUGCAAUUGCACAUAAUGGGACACCUUGCCAGCAGUACAGAAGGGGACUUGUUGGGUUCUGUCUUUGAGCAUAGUAGAAGGAACUCUGUAGGACUUUGUCUGCACUAAAUUUGGACUGUUGGAUAAUAAAUAACCUAAUGGUGGUUUUGAUGUUCUGUGGUAGUCUGGUCCAAAGUACUUAAGUCUCUCAGUAAAGGAAGUGAGCUGUCUUGUCAACUAAAAUGACAUAAUGUAAAUAAAAAUGGGGCUUUUUUUCUUUACAUUUAUUUUACAGAUACAUUUUAUAUCUCAGAGGAUAUAUAUAUAUAUACACACACACUCUUUAUAAACAGAAUGCUGGGGUAAAUUGCCCUACUCUAAACUUUAAUGCCCCUCUACAGUUGUCACAGCUAUCUGCUUUUGUUUGUGGCACUAACUGGGGAAAGUCCUUGUGUUAGUCAUGGAUUUGCAAAGCUUUAGUACAGUGAUACGUUUCCUUCCGGCUCUUUUCACUGCCUUCCAAAUGUUUGCUCCUGUAUUGGCUCAGGACUGGCUGAGAGUUUGCAUGCAGUUUUUCUAUAUUAUAACAAUAAAAAUCCUGCUUAAGUAAUAAAGGUACAUUUAUGUACAAGAAAAAAAGGUUGAGUUGGAAAAAAAAAAUGUACAACAGGUUUUCUAUUAUUUAUUUGAAAGAUCCGAUUUUAAAAGUAAAGGGGCAUUCUAAUGCAAAUUGAAAGAUAUAAUAUUUGCAUUAGCUUUUUUCUUGUAACUUUGUAUGACCCUAGCAAAGGGAUUAAAUACAUAGUGACACUUUUGCUAUUUUGCAGCUCCUGAGCAGGACACAGCUGGUGAUGGGUGCUUCCUCCACGUAUCACUCCUAAUUGGCUCACCAGCUCCUGAGUGGCAGUUUAGCUGUUUUUAACCCAUUUGCACAGGGGAUACACACACACAGUAUGCAAGAAACACUGGUGCAGAAAUUGUGUGCUCUAACCAAUUAGAGCUUUUCAUUUUUGCAUUGAAUGUCCCUUUUAAAUGUUUUAUGAAUGUGAAAAUUUGUGAAAAGUGAAUGUUUAAAUGUUGGCCUUGAAUUCAACUGCAUGUAAAUACUAAGCAUACUGCUUGUAUUAUAUCAGUAAAGUUGUGUAAACUUUAUAUCAGUUUCAUGUUCCAAGUCUGCUGUUGAAAAUGUUGGCUCUCCAUUAGGGUCUUCGAAGUCAAAUUUGAUAAUAGAAAUAAAAUGAAGUUGUUUAAAAUUAGAUGCUCUAUCUGAACUAUAAACGUUUAUUUUUACAUGUCCCUUUAAGUAAUCCUAUUUAUUUUAGUUUGAUUCAUAAGAAUUGUGGUUGUUUUCUGAGUGCUAAUUUUUUUACUUUUGAUAUAUAAACUACUUGAAGGCAUGUUUGUAUAUAUUAUGUUUUUCUGUACAAUGUAUGUAUAAAUUCUAUAAAAAAGUUUGUGUUUGUUUUUUUAAUGGGCAAAUCAAUUAUAACUGGAAACACCUGUCUUUAUUUUAUUCCCCCGAAACCCAUUUUCAAAUGCCAUUGUUUGACACUUAAAUGUAUUAAAGCAUGAAAGAGUU